GCCCUGGGGCUAGCUGAGGCGUCCCGGGGCUCUCGGGGCUGAGCCGAGCGGGUAGUCAGAGUGGCUGUGCGUGGGUCCCCUUGUUCCGUCUGGGGCUAGACCCAGUGCGGGGGUAGCCCAGUCUACGGAACCGCCGGGGAAGCCUGCGGGAUCAAGGCUUUCCCAUUGGGCGGAGCCAGCGGGCUCAGGCGGAGGUUUUGUGUGGUGCUUUAGCCAGCCGUCAGUCUCCUCGGUACCAGGAGAGGGGAUGAAAUCUUUUUGAGUCCACGCUCUAUUAUUACUAUUAUAUCAUUAUCAUUAGUUUGAGGAUUUUCUUAUUGGCUGGGCACGGUUGCUCACACCUGUAAUCCCGGUGCUUUGGGAUUCCAACGCGGAGUAUCACUUGAGGCCUGGAGUUGGAAGUUAUAGUUAGCCAUGAUUGACCACUGCAUUCUAGCCUGGACGACAGAGCGAGACCCAAUCUCAAAAAAAAAAAAAAAAAGUAUUUUCUGAAUGCCUCCAAGGGACAAGGGUUGGAUAGAGUGUUUUCAAUUCUUUCUUCACUUAGUGGAUUUGAUGUCAGACAAAUCUGACAUCAGUCUGAAGUCCGGUCUUGGUGGCCAGACUUAUCUUUAGGUCACACUCCGCUGCCUUUGUGCUUAAUGUAAUACGACACUGUAUUUUAUAAAGUAUCUACAUUUCUUAAGCCUUUGGCUCUUGGUGACAUCAAGUAGAACUUCCAAGUUCCUCCUUUGGGCUCCCGUAGUGUUCAGGAUAUUAAAUCUCAAAGCACACUGUAUUACAGUUAGUUGUGUAUCAGUGCUCUCACAGUAGUUUAUGAGCUUACUGAAAGCCUGGCCUACAGUUUAUUCAUCUUGGAUUUCUUCCCCACCAAGAGACUCAUAAAUAUUGAAGAAAAUAGAUGAGUUAACAGCUGGUAGUAGGUUGGAUGGAAUAUGUGAUUUUCAUAAAGAGAGUUAAAUGACUUGCUCAAGAGAACUUUCUUAAAAAUGUAACUCGGACUAGAAUUAAAGUCAAUUGUCUUCUAGCCUGUAGCUCUUGUUGGAUCAGGUUUUGGAACUCUGGAACACUGAAAGUAAGACCUUGUCACUCUUUGUGUACCCCAACCUUACUGUCUCCAGCACAGGUGUCUAAAUGUCAGAAGUAGACCCAACUUAAAACUUGAGGGAGAUCUUGGAACUGGAGCAGCCAGUCUGCUAAUGUUGGUGUUAUAUGAGGUGACAGCAGCAUGGCUGUGCCCCAGGCUUUCCCACUGGGGUCCCUCCAUGAGCCUACAGGUGCCUUGAUGGAGCCCCAGCCCCGCCCUCGAAGCUUGGCUGAGGGCUUCUUGGAGGAGGAGCUUCGGCUCAAUGCUGAGCUGAGCCAGUUGCAGUUUUCAGAGCCAGUGGGCAUCAUCUACAAUCCUGUGGAGUAUGCGUGGGAGCCUCAUCGCAACUAUGUGACUCGCUACUGCCAGGGGCCCAAGCAAGUGCUCUUCCUGGGGAUGAAUCCGGGACCUUUUGGCAUGGCCCAGACUGGGGUGCCCUUUGGGGAAGUGAGCAUGGUCCGGGACUGGUUGGGCAUUGGGGGGCCUGUGCUGACCCCUCCCCAAGAGCACCCUAAACGACCAGUGCUGGGACUGGAGUGCCCACAGUCAGAAGUGAGCGGUGCCCGAUUCUGGGGCUUUUUCCAGAACCUCUGUGGACAGCCCGAGGUCUUCUUCCAUCACUGCUUUGUCCACAAUCUGUGUCCUCUGCUCUUCCUGACUCCCAGUGGGCGCAACCUCACUCCUGCUGAGCUGCCUGCCAAGCAGCGAGAACAGCUUCUUGGGAUCUGCGACGCAGCCCUUUGCCGGCAGGUGCAGCUGUUGGGGGUGCGGCUGGUGGUGGGAGUGGGGCGACUGGCGGAGCAGCGGGCACGGCGGGCUCUGUCAGGCCUGAUGCCAGAGGUGCAGGUGGAGGGGCUGCUGCAUCCCUCUCCCCGUAACCCACAGGCCAACAAGGGCUGGGAGGCAGUGGCCAAGGAAAGACUGACCGAGUUGGGGCUGCUGCCCCUGCUAUCGAAAUGAAUACCCCUGGGGCCUGGCAUAGGACAAGACACCUUCUGGAUGAGAGCCAAAGGUCCUGGGCUCCCCAGUUGCUGGGAAACAUGUUCUUUGAUCUGUUGACUGUCUUCCAACCUGCCGUGGCAGUUUGACACUACUCCUGUUCGCCCUCCUGACUCCUGCUUUCUUCACCUUCCUUUGAACAUCACCCCUUUUGCGUUAUCUAACUCCACAGAGAGUCUGCAGAAGGUGGGCUCUGUUGCACUUGCAGCCUGCUCUGCCUCAUUGUUUCCUUGGGAAACUCUGUUCAGCAGAGAGUGACCUAGACAAUGACUUCUAAGGUCAUAUUUGCUGUUUCAGAGGAAUCUUGCCAAGAUCCCUACCCAUUCAUAUAGAACAGCUUCCUGCUGCUGAUGCCUUUCCUCAUAGUGCCAGGACAAAACAUGGGACGUGAUAUUAAAAGUGAACUUCUUUGGCCGGGCGCGGUGGCUCACGCCUGUAAUCCUAGCACUCUGGGAGGCCGAGGCGGGAGGAUUGCUCAAGGUC